UGCCAAGUUUAUUAGAAGCAUCUCCCUCAACUCAGGAGAAGCAUUUCCUGACCUAAGGGGGAUUCAGAAAGAGACAGCAUAGGAAAACAGUCAGAAAAUAGACUGAGAGAAAGGGUGGUGGGAGAGAACAGCACACAGGAUAUACAGAAAUAUUUAGGCUGGAAAACAGAGAGAGAGAGAGGGUACCAAAGUACAGUGGGGUAUACUAUUGGAGGCAAAGCAAAAUAAAGGUAUUUUGUGACCCCAGAGCAGAUGCUAAGGAAAAUAAAAACAGAAGUUAUUCAAUGAAUUCUGCAUCAAGAGAAGAAAAUUAGUACCAAGGAAAGAAAGGGAAGGGAAUAAGACACACAAAGAAGAAAAAAAAGUUUUUUAAAGUGUACUCAUCUCUUGGGUUCAAACUUCUGAUUCUUCAUUCAGGACUUUUUACUUCAUCCGUGGUUCCUCUAUGUACAAAAUGGAUUAUUCUUACCUCAAUUCCUAUGAUUCCUGCAUGGCAGCCAUGGAAGCCUCUGCCUACGCUGACUUUAGUUCUUGCAGCCAGGCAAACUCUUUUCAGUACAACCCCAUCCGAACCAGCUUUGGGGCAAACCCAGGCUGCCCACCUCUCACUCCAGCUAACUGCACAUUGGGUUCCCUAAGAGACCACCAGCCUUCUCCAUAUUCUACAGUACCAUACAAGUUCUUCUCAGACCCAGGUGGUCUAAACGAAAAGAGAAAACAGCGGAGAAUCAGAACUACAUUUACCAGCUCUCAGCUGAAGGAACUAGAGCGAGUAUUUGCAGAAACACAUUACCCUGAUAUCUACACAAGAGAGGAGUUGGCACUGAAAAUAGAUCUCACAGAAGCCCGGGUUCAGGUAUGGUUUCAAAACAGACGUGCCAAAUUUCGAAAGCAAGAAAGAGCUGCUAAUGCAAAGAGUGGUGGCAGUGGUAAUUCAUCUGGGAAAAAAAAUGAUGCCAGAUCCUCUUCUGAAGAUGAUGAGUCAAAGGAGUCCAACUGCAGCCCAACCCCUGACAGCACUGCUUCUCUACCCAUGGCAAGCAGCCUGAACAGCCCCGGGGGCAGCCUAAGCCCUAGUCCUGUAAGUGUAGGUGGCAUCGGAAAUAAUAUGGCAUCACAAGUUUUAAAAGCUCCUGCCUGGCCUGGGGUAACCACUAGCACUGCCCCCAACACAGCUGAUAUCUUAAAGGCAUGGCAACCAACUGAUGCUAUGCCUGGACCAUUUGCUGGAGUUCUUUCUUCCUUUCACAGAAAACCGAACGCACUCAAGACAAAUUUGUUUUAAGAAAUGGGAAGCGUAAGCCGACCUUGUUUUGACUUAUUGGUAGUGCUGCCAUUUGUGGAACUGGCCUUUAGAAUUUCUUUUUCUUGGAGGAGAUAGAGGUCUAAAGCAAAAAUGACUUUUCAUGGAUUUCAUAAUAAAAGACAAUGACUGGAUUGAAUCAUUUGUUAGUUUGGAUGAAUAUUUGUUAAUAAACUGAAAGCAAAGUCCAAAUUAAUAAAAAAAGAUCCACAGUGCCAGAGCUACAGAAGACAGUGAAACUUUGCUUCUUCCAUUGCUCUCUAAUUGUAUUUAAGUGCAGAGCAUCCAGAAUGUUCUAUUGGUCACAAGUCAACGGUGGGUAAAGUACUCAGUGUCACCAACACAGUGAUGUCUGCCUUGAUAUCCUAUGAUCUCGUCUACUCAGAAAAAAACAAUGCAUCUCAACUACAUGGGUAACUCUUGCCACAGGGUAAUAUAUAAUCCUUGGUAGCUUAAAUCCUUGUUGUACACCUGGACACUGAAUUCCUGCAGAAAAUCAUAGUGAAAAAUUCUCUGAAUUAAAUAAAGCAGGAAAAACUUUACCCUGUCCCCAACAGAAUGACACUUCACGUUACACUGUAUUUCUAAUGUGUCCUGUGGUCAUACAGAGUACUCUACCUGAGUCCAUACUGGACUCUGGAAAUGCAGUCUUAGUACUAAUCAAAAACACACACACAAUAUUUAGAGUUUACCUUUUGUCAUAUUUAACAUGGAAAUAUUUUACCAUCUGCAUGUUUCUUGACUCAACAGAUGCAAAGCUUUACAGUUUGCUACUGUUACCUCUAAGUAAUUUGUAUCCCCAAAAGAUUUGCCAUCCUUUAUAACAACUUUGUAUUGUAUUGUAACCAAAAGAUUUACCAACCCUUAUAACAAUUUUGUACUGCAUUAUACAAUACUAUUUCUUACUCCUGGCAACAUCCUCAUAUUAUUACUUAUAUUCAGCUCCAACACUGAGACAGAAACUUUGAGGGCAAUUUUAGUGGUGCUAAAAGUGUGUGUGUGUGUGUGUGU